CAUCAUGAAUGACACGGUAACUAUCCGGACCCAGAAGUUCACGACCAACCGACUACUUCAAAGGAAACACAUGGUCAUUGAUGUCCUUCAUCCCGGGAAAACAACAGUACCCAAGACAGAAAUUCGGGAAAAACUCACCAGAAUGUACAAGACUACACGGGAUGUCAUUUUUGUAUUUGGAUUCAGAACCCAUUUUGGGGGUGGCAAGACAACUGGCUUCGGCAUGAUUUAUGAUUCUUUGGAUUAUGCGAAGAAAAAUGAACCCAAACGUAGACUUGCAAGACACGGCCUGUAUGAGAAGAAAAAGACAUCAAGAAAGCAGCGGAAGGAACACAAGAACAGAAUGAAGAAAGUCAAGGGCACCACAAAGGCCAAUGUUGGUGCUGGCAAAAAGCCAAAGGAGUAAAGAUUUUGCAGUGCU